AUGGCGGCGAGCGAGCCCGGGUGCGUCUUCCGGGCGAUGUUUCCAGACCCUCCUGCCAGCUUCGGGCCCGUCAGCUCCUCACUGGUGUGCCAGGAACCGAUCUUCGUGCUGUCGGUGGAGAGAUAUCCGCGGGACCCGGAGAGUGUGGGAGGCCUGUUGGAGGCCUCGAGCGGAGGAAGAGGCGGCGGCAGGGGCAGGGACCUCUACGAUCUGGGUCUGUCGGACGGUCACUGCCGGCUCCGGGCCACCCUGCACCCCUCGCUCAACCCGCUGGUCCGCCGCAACCAGCUGCGCUGCGGCUGCGAGCUGAGGGAGGUCCGCCUUGGCCUCGAGUACGACGAAAGGCGGCUGAGCGUCGGCAGGCGGAUCUUCGUCCUCCUGGAGGCCCAGGUGGUUGCCAGGAGUAACGGCGCCGCGCCCCCUGCCGCCGGGAAGCUGAAGGUGCAGAAGAUGCAGGUGUUCGGCCAGGGGGAGGAGCCACGACUGAUGCCGGAGCUGCCAAUCAAAGCUAAGAGGCGCUACUACCUGCCCCUGUGGGACAGUGCCAACUAUUAUGGGGACGCUUGGCAAAGAGAGCCCCCUGGGCACCCUAUCCAGCGACUUGAAGGAUCUCGGUGUAUAAAUCUGAAACAGCUGGAAGAUUGCAUCUGGCAAAAGAAAAAGGACCUUCCGCCAGUGAUUGUCCGUAUCCUCCACAAGUUCAGACUUUAUCAUUUUGGACGACCUGACAGAUAUUCAGAGUGCCCAUUCCAGGCCAAAUUCCUAGUAGCAGAUAAAUCGUGGUCAGUGACAGUCGUGCUGUGGAACUCCCUGUGUAUGGACUGGUACAGACAUCUAGAGCCAGGGAUGGUGAUCCGUCUGCACAACUACAUUGUGAAGAAAAGUUAUGCCACACGGAUGGGACAAAACGCCGGAGUUACAAAGGAGCCAGUUCUAGAGUUAAAUUUAAACCCAAGGAAUCCAGCGGCUGAAAUUACUGUGAUCAAUUCCAGGAGUGUUAGAGAAGAGUGGCAGUUACCAGCUCUGCAGUAUUGCUUUAUCACCAGGAAGGAACUGUCAGAGCUUCGACCUGGAGAUGUGUGUGACAUCAUUGGCCUUGUCACAUUUGUCGGUAGACAAGAGCGUAUCCGAAACAAAGAGCGCUCUGAUGAAUUCCUGGUUUACCGCUGGAUGCACCUAAUCGAUGGGACAGCAUCAGAACCUUUUGUCUUGAAGCUUUUCUCCACCUCCCAGCCUGAGAUUCAGGCUCAGAUAUCCCCAUGCAGCAUAGCGGACAACACUGUGACCUUGCUUGUGUGUACGAAUGUCAGGGUGGAAUGCAAAAUGAUGGACCCCUGUGGACAGACAACAUUCCCUUACCUGCUCACCACUGAGUACAGCCAGGUAUAUGUCAAUGGGUAUCAUCAAGGAAAACUGUAUGUUAAAAACCCAAAGGUAAAAGAGUUUAUUCAGUGGAUACGAUCUGCCAAGGAUCAGGAAAGGGACAGGCUGAGCCGCACUCAGAUUGGUGGAUGCUACAGCUAUCCUCCCCUCCCAUCCAGCGAGCGGGAUUAUCGACGUGAAAUACUCGGAAGAUGUCCCUUGACAACGAUGUCCGAACUGAAGCAGCUCCUGAAUCAGCUGGAGUACCGAGAGCAUAGGCAGGUCACUGUCCAGGGACGGAUCACAUCUGUAAAAUACCAGUCACUGGACAGAGUGGAUAUAGAGUCCGUUGAAGCCUGUCACACAGGAGAGCCGGCCAUUGGAGGAAUCGCGGAGUUUGAAGAAUUGUUUGAUGCUGACCGAUCAUUCCUCGGCACAAGUGGAAACAAAAGCCCUGUGAUCCCUGUCAUGAGCAAUGGAACUCCUCGAGGAAAACAAGCUGGCUUGUUGUUGAAAAGAAAAAGAAAAGGCACAACCCGGAGGAAAAAACAGGCAUCAGCAAGACUUAGUAAAGAUAAAGAAUCAAGUGUCGAGAAGCAGACAACGAUCCACCAUCCACAAACACGAGAGAAGAAUGUGAACCAUGCUGGAAGUCCCGGGCAAGACCUCAACUUCAUCAAGGCUUGCCAGGAGUUCUACACAGACUCAGAUGAUGUGGAGGAGAUGCCAAGUCCAGUGAACCCCUGCUCAGCCCACUCCGUCUUGCCCUUGGCCAACUGCUCAUCACAGCAGGAGCAUCUCCCACACCGUGGGGACAUCUCACAGAUGGUGGCUCGCAGCUUCCACUUCAGAGACAAGGCCUUCCUCCUCCAAACCUUUGGUCUCCAGCCCUCACGCUUUUCUGGAAUCCCAGCCGAUCAGACAGUGGACCUGGAACACUGUGAACCAGCAUGUUGCCAUGGAUACUACACCGUGACCAUUUUAGGACUAAAUGAAGAGCUGUCUAUAGACACCAUCUUUCUCCCUAUCGUUCCCAGGUUGGAUCACCGAGCUAUGUAUCCUGCCAAGCACAGCAACACCCUGAUCUCUAUUUUGGCUCAUGGAGGGCCAGCAUCCAAACAGCGCUGCCACGUUGACACAGACAGUGCAGAGAGCUCUCCACCUUCUCCUGGUGACAUUCUCAGAUCUGCGGCUGGACUGGAGGAAAUGCUGUUUAUCUUUGUCCUCGACAUCUGCAACCAAGGAGGCAUCAGUGUUGAAGUUGCUCUCAAUCGUGCCUACGUUCAGCACAGAGCUCUCUGAACCAUCCAGGCCUUUUUUUCGUUUUCUCAUCUUGAUUCCAGCAAUAUUUGCCUGGAUCACAUACAGCUUUGGGUCUCAGUGGAAUUUUAAUUUUAUGUUUAUGCUGUUUUAUUUUCAGGAUUUCUAAAAAGAAAAAUUAUGUUUCUGUUCCUAAGGAACUGCAUCAAUAUCUAUGAUCUCUUCCCAUUAGAGAGUACCUUCCUAAACUGUGAAUAGGGACCCUUAUUUUCUUAAUCCCCCUUCACCCAUUCCUUGAAAACCGGGAUAUGGGAGUUUGUUAAGGCACCUGCCCUGGGAGCAUUUGAUACAAGUAUAUAGGGAGUUUAUUCUGUAUCUAACGUGCUGUACCUGGCUGUCACAUGCCCUCGUGUUCAUUCACUUAAAAGUUUACCAUCAUCUCUCUGCCAGUGGCUUGAUGGGUGAAGAGACUGUAUGAACAUGUUAACUGAAGGCCCAGGUUUUAUAUCUGGCAGCUUGAGUUGGCUGAUCUGAACUGACCUAGGACAGGCCUAGUAUCACAGUGGCAGGGAAGGGUGGGAGAGCGAGAGACGCAGGAGAAAAGUAUGUAUUUUUUAAAGUAACUUGUUUAUAUGUAUUAUUUGUAUCACAACUGGCUAAAACAACUUGGGGAAGAAAAAAAUUAAGUUAAAAGAAAAAAGUGAACUCUAAUUUUAACGGGGUAGGAGCAAAAUGUUUGUUUUGACGUGUGUCUUGCUCUAACUAGGGAAUUAAGUCACUUGCUUUUUAUGUAAAUUGUACAUUACUUUUUCUACAUCUUUUGUUUCAUGCUGACUGGUUAGAUUUUAAAAUCAUAGGAACAGAAAUCAGAUGGGCAGAUUAGUUACAGAAAAUAGAGGAGUGUGGGCAGCAGAUGGAUUCUUUGGUGAGCAGCAGGGCGAUAUCAGGCAGGAAGUUCGCCAGUUGGUAUCUGUCAGACUUUGGAGUCUUGCUGUGCACUGAGUUUAUACAGUUUAAGGGGCUUGUGGGGACGGGGUGUAGCUAAUCCAAGGGGUGUGUUUUCAACUCAAAUUGUUUUCCUUAUCUUUCUGACUGUUCUUCACAAACCCUCUGAUUAUAAACUGUUUUCAAAGUAGUUGUUGCUGAAUUUCAGCCCUAGAUGCUCAUCUGAUCUCCCAAAUGCUUGAGUUUAUCUUUCCCCAAGUCCUCGUGCGUAACUGUUAACGUUUGCACAAAUAUCAAGAGUGUAAAAGCCCAAUUUCCUGAAUCUGCUAUCGGUUAGUUUUCCUCCCCAAUCUAUUUUUCAUUUGAGCAUUUUGCCCUCCAGGUCCUGUUUCUUGGGAGAGCAUUGCUUUAUUGCUCUGCUCUUGAGGGCAAUGAGUGGUGCCUGAGUCUGAUACUAUCAGGAUUGACAGCCCAGCCACUAUUCUUCAAGGAUGAACCUAGAUAGUGGUGGGCUAUUCAGCACAGAGGACAAUACAACUGAGCUUGGUCCUGGCCCCAUGCAAUAUUAGGUAACACUAACCUCAACCCACCACCUCAAACAAUUUGUAUCCUUCCCUGUAACUACUGCCCAAGUUAAGAUCAAUCCAGAAAUACAAGGGAAUGACUAUGGGGCAUUGCCACUGUGUUGCGAGCUGUAGCCUACUGGGUAGCUCUCUUGCCUCUGAAUCAGACAGUUAUGGGUUCAAAUCCCACCCCAGAGGCUUGUACACAAUCUAGGCCAACACUCCCAGAACAGUAUUAAGAGAGUCCUGCACCGUCAGGGGUGCUGUCUUUCAAACACGACGUUAUGCUGAAGCCCAGCCUGCCCCUAAAAGAUUCUGCAGCCACUAUUUCAAAGAAGCAUUGGGGUGUUCUGCCUGGUGUCAUGACCAAUAUUUAUCCCUUAGCCAAAUCACAUAAAAAAUUAUCUGGUCCUUAUUUCAUUGCUGUUUGUAGGAGCUUGCUGUGCACAAAUUACAACUGUGACUACAUUUCAAAAGUACAUUGUUGACUGAGAAGCACUUUGUGACAUUGUCGUCAUGAAGAGCGCUGUAUCAUUGUGUGUCCUUUUCCCGAAGAAUGAGCCUGAGCGCCACCCUGAUAGUUUGCUGCCUUCUGGCAUCGUAGUCACAGAAUUUCAGUACUUUUACCUUAUCAGCAGGAAACCUUUGCGAGUGGCUGGAGUCCGCUGUUCCUGGUGAGAGGUUUAAUGAAUUGGUACAGAUUU